AGCCUCCUCUGGCUGUCAGCAUCAUGAUCGCACAAUGUACCGGGAUCUCUUCAGCAACGCAGCCGCGUCGUGAUGACUGUCCGCGGGCAGAGCUGCAGCCCGGUGACGCUUGACAUCCCCUCGGUGUGAAUCUGGAGUCUUGGCACACACACUCACUCACACACACUCACUCACACUCAGAGGCUGCGCGCACUCUGCUCCGACACAUUCCUCCGAGGUUUCUCCUUUCUUCCAUCUGGGGAUUUGAAACUUGAGGGACUUUAAAGCGUCGCAGGGGGGAGAACAAAAAGGUCUCUCGGCCUGACGGACUGACUGGAAGACGGAUCGUGUCGGUGCGGUGCAUGUAGCGGGGCAGGCUGGGUGUCUGUCUGCGGGGCGCACAGCGGUGCUGCUGGACCAGCCGAGAACGCACCAAGUCCCGUCCCACAUCCCCGUCUCACCCCCGUUGUCCCGCGCACUUCAGCCAUGAUUCUCCCCGGGUUUGUGAUCUUUCUCUUCUUCUCAGGUGUGUCGCCCUCCUCCUCGCCCAUCUUCCCCUACCCGCUGCCCCCCACUGACUGUGUGGAAGCCCACCGGGUGUGCUCUGUGGACCCCCGGUGUGAGGCGUUGUACCGGGGUUUGGAACUGUGUGCGUCCGACGCUGCCAUGUCUCCCCUGAGUGAGCAGGUGGCUGCAGAAUGUCUGGAGAGACAGGACGCCCUUCUUGGCCGAUAUCCCGCCCUGCUGGCCUGCAAGUGUCACCGCGGCCUCCGCAAAGAGGAGCACUGUCUGCGCAUAUACUGGAGGGUUCGUCUGCUGCCAGGAGAGGAUGAACUGGAAAUGUCUCCCUAUGACGACACACUAAUGGAUACUCGCAUGGCCUCCUUAGUGGCAGCCUCAUCUUACAUGCAGCUGGAUGGUGAGAAUCAGUGCCUGAAGGCAGCACAGGACUGCGGCCUUUAUGAGAAGUGUGGUUCCCUGAGAUCAGAGUAUGUACUGGCUUGCACCAAAAAGGUGCCAGGGACUAACCGAUGCAACCAGCACAAGUGCCACCGGGCCUUACGACGCUUUCUGGAGCGGGUGCCUGAAGAGUACAGCCUGGGUGUCCUGUUCUGCCCCUGCACCAACACCCUGUGUGGUGAAAGGAGGAGGAAAACCAUUGUACCUUCCUGCUCCUUCCAGGAGAUGGAGGGUCUGCAACCUAACUGCCUCCACCAGCAGAGCUUCUGCCGCAGAGAUGACCUCUGCAGGUCCAGACUGGCUGAUUUCCUCAACAACUGCCAGCCCUCUCCUCUGACGGCCAGCGGCUGCCUGAAAGACUCAGCAGGCUUGUGCCUCCGAGCCUACGCCGGACUCAUUGGAACCCUCAUGACUCCAAACUACAUCAGUAACGGCUCUGCAGACGUGUCUCUGUGGUGUAACUGUGAAGGCAGCGGGAACCAGUGGCAGGACUGUCUGAGGCUGCAGCGCAUGUUCACCCACAACAUCUGCCUGCGUAACUCUAUCAGUUGGAUGGGAAGCCCCGGCUCCCUGCCUGCAGACAUCACCCCCCCUCCGGCUCCCAGACCCUCCCCGCUGGUUCAGGAGGACGAGCUGCUGAGCAACAACCACCUGCCUGAACACAACAACAUUGUGGUGGAGAGUGAGGAAGAGGAGGAGCUGACGCAGACGGAGGAGGAAGGCGAUGAAGGUGGUCAGUUUGAUGUCAUCCCGCUGUACUCAGAGAGGGCCACCGUCUCCAACCUGGGCUCCUCCGGUACGGGGGGCGCCGCGUCGCUCCCCACCGGUCCUCCUGCACCCGUCCUACUGCUCCUCCUGCUCCUGACCGCCUCCCUCAGCUGGGGUUAAAAACGGAGCAUGAAGAGGAGACACACAUACACAGACACACAGAUACAUGCAUACAUCCACAAACAAUGGACCUGCCAGAGAUCCUGGACUGACGGCUAUGAAAGGAGACAAAGUGAAGAAAAGGACUUCACAUUUAGUCAGUAGCACCCCGUCGAUUCCUCACUUCUUGUCCUUGCUUCCUUUCCUUUCCUCCUUUGCAAAAGGCACUUUGUUCAUGGUGGUCUGGCUGCAGCUGAAGUGGUGUCUAAAGGUCCUGGGAGCACAAAAGACCAGGUCAAGGUGGAGGUGUUCACAUGCUGCCCAACAACCAAUGAGCAUCAUACUUCCACUCGUGUCAUAGAUUCAGCUUCUGAUUCUGCACAUUCAAGUUAGCAGGAU